AUGGUAUUGUCUCUCAGCCUUGCACCAGCCCGGCACCUCAUCCGCAUUUCCAAGCCACAGAGGGGCAAUCAAUCAUUCGCCACAGUUCUUAUCAGCGUGGCUUAUCUCGCCCACAACCCCAUAACCGCAAUUUUUGCAUGGCAGGACAAGGACAAGGAACAAACCGCCCUCGUACCCGCAUCACCCUCACCCUCACCCUCAACCUCAACCUCAACCUCAACCUCAACCUCAACUCAACCACAACCUCAUAUUCCAGCCAUCAUCCCCCCCACUGGCAUCUUGCCCAGCAUGGCUGUCGAAUCUGAGAAGUUCCUUCAUUUGUCCAGGCCCAUUGUGCCUGCGGCCAUCAAUCUGCAGGGCAACAUUGCCCCGCUCACCGUGAACAUCCAACCCCAAGCCAUCUUCUCCAUCCUCGACCAUGCCGUCCGCCGCGAUAUUCGUGAUACCCAAUCCACCCGCGUCAUCGGCGCUCUCGUCGGCACCCGAUCCGAAGAUGGUACCGAGGUAGAGGUACGCUCCUGCUUCGCCAUCCCGCACACCGAGAACGAGGACCAGGUCGAGGUGGACGUCGACUACCAGAAAAACAUGCUCGCCCUCACCCUCAGGGCGUCGCCCCGCGAGUCCCUCCUGGGCUGGUACACCACGAGCCACGAGCUCAACUCCUUCUCCGCCCUGAUCCAGAACUUCUUCGCCGCCCCGGACACCGGCACCUUCCCCCACCCGGCCGUCCACCUCACCAUCAGCACCGAUCCCACCGCCGAAAUCGAGGCGCGCGCCUACAUCUCCGCCCCCGUCGCCGUCAACGCCGAGCGCGCCAGCGAGUCGUGCCUCUUCAUCCAGGUGCCCCAUCGCCUUCUCCAUGGCGACAGCGCCGAGCGCUCCGCCCUCGAGGCUAUCGCUUCCGCCCGGGAUACCGAGGAACGCGCCGCCCCGAUCGUCUCCGACGUCGAGGCCCUCACCCGCUCCCUCGAGCUGACCGCCGGCCUCAUCGACCGCGUCUUCGAGUGGGUCAACGGCAUUCUCGACGAGGAGGAAGAGCCCAACCAGGCCCUGGGCCAGUACCUCAUGAACGCCCUCUCUCUCGCCCCCAAGGUGGACCCUGCCCAGAUUGAACAAAACUUCAACAACCACAUCCAGGACGUUCUCAUGGUUUCCUAUCUUGCCAACACCAUCCGCACCCAGAUCGACCUGUCACAGCGCCUCGCGACGGCAAAUCUCGCUGCUGGUGAGAAGGAAGGAGAGGGCAAGACCGGCGAGGGUGAGAAGGGAGGUGAUCAGCGCGGACAGAGGGGAGGCAAGCGAGGUGGCCGGGGCGGCGGACGAGGCGGAGGUCAUCAGAGGGAGCCCAGGGAAUCUGCCGAGUAG